AUGGUGAGCAGAGGAUUCACAUUCCCUAAAGCAGUAGGGAGUCCAUCAAUUCCUUUUGUGUUUGGAUCUACUACAUUGCCAUCAUCAUCCUCACCUUCCUCUUCAACAUCGUUUUCUGCUUUUAGUGUUAGCAGCGCCUCGGCCGUUAAACCGUCCACGCCUUUUCCCCUUGCUUUUGGUACAAUGACAGUCUCUUCAGGUGGGGCAUCAACACCUUUCUCUAGUGUCACUUUGACUUCAGUGCCUACACCUCUGUUCGUUGCCUCUGUGGCUAUGGCACCAACACCUCUGUUCGGUGCCACUGGGGCUUCUGUGCCUAAAUCUCUCUUCGGUUCAACUGCGUCUGCUCCCACAGCAACAACUUCUUCAGAUGCAUCCUUUACAUCUUUUUUUGGCAAAGGAGCCUUUGCUCGGGCUGCUGCUGGUGGGCGUAUGCCUCAUUUUGGUGGUACGGCAACCUUCUCUUCGUCUACUAUGGCUACUUGUGCUGGGGCACCUGCAUCUCUCUUUGGCGGCGCAACAGCUACUAAUGUUGCAGCACCUACAUCUGUCUUCGGUUCUGCAGUCUCUUCUUCAGCAGCUGCACCUACAACUGUCAUUGGAGCGUCUCCAAUUACAGCAUCAUCUGUUCUAUUUGGUGCCUCAGCAACAGCCUCCUCUGCUCCACCGUCACCUAUUUUUGGUGCCCUGACAACAUCACCUCUUUUUGGUGCCCCGACAACAUCCUCUUUUGCUUCCGCAUCAUCAUCAUUCUUUGAUAUCACGAGCUCAUCUUCAUUGGGGUUUUCUUUCUCCUGGGAAACUGCAGGAAAAGGAAAUCCUCGUAUGAAGGCUACAAGUUCCAAUUUGUUUGACACCCUUUCGCCAUUGUCUCUUGCAAAACCAGCUACCUUGGCAUUAUCUUUUGGAAUCCUCUCACAGUCUUCUACGCUGACGGUGUCUUUUCAGCACUCUGGCCACAACAUUUUCUACACAAGCCACGCCUUUUAG